UCUUUACUGCUGCCUGCUGUACUGUUACAACAGCACUCUCUGCGCUACACGAUGACACUUCACUGGACUAUGCAAUAAGGAUUUCCGUCUCUGCAGUGAUUUGUCGCACCCUGAGGGGACCGUUAUAUUUACCAAAAAAGUGUUAUUCCAAAGUUUCAGUCCCAUUUAUUUUUCCAAGAUGCCACGCUCGUUUCUUGUCAAGAAACAUUUCAACUCCUCUAAGAAGCCAAAUUAUAGCGAGCUGGAAAGCCCUAUAGUAUUUAUUUCACCGUAUCUCUACAAGGGCCUUCCAUUGCCUGUCAUCCCUCAACCGGAGAUCCUUAGCUCGGUGGCUUACAACCCUAUCACAGUAUGGACUACGAGCAACUUGCCGUUAUCUCCGCUUUCAAGUGACCUUUCUCCCAUCUCUGGAUACCCCUCAUCGCUCUCUGACACCUCAUCCAAAGACCACAGCGGCUCUGAGAGUCCCAGGAGCGAUGAAGACGAGCGGAUGCUUACCAAACUCACAGACCCUCAUGGAGUGGAGGCAGAGAAAUUCCAAUGUAGUUUGUGUAACAAGUCCUAUUCUACUUAUUCUGGACUGCUGAAGCAUAAGCAACUGCACUGCGACGCUCAGACGAGGAAAUCCUUCAGUUGUAAAUACUGUGAAAAGGAGUACGUCAGUCUUGGAGCACUAAAAAUGCACAUAAGAACUCACACUUUGCCUUGUGUCUGUAAAAUAUGUGGCAAAGCUUUCUCAAGACCGUGGUUGCUUCAGGGACACAUCAGAACGCACACCGGAGAGAAGCCAUUCUCCUGCCCCCAUUGCAGUAGGGCUUUUGCGGACAGGUCCAACCUCAGGGCUCACCUACAAACCCAUUCGGAUGUGAAAAAAUACCAAUGCAAGAACUGUUCCAAAACCUUCUCCAGAAUGUCUCUUCUGCACAAGCAUGAGGAAUCUGGUUGUUGUGUAGCACAUUGAGACUACUGGACUGGGAUGCAGUGCCACCGCCAGAGCCCUCCGGUACUUUCCAGUCCUCAAUAACUGUUCAGGGGAUAUUACAUACUGAGGCUUUGUUACAAAAUAUGCAAGACUUUCUUUGACUGACUGCCUGAAUGACAAUCCAUUUCGUUUCAGUGUAAAAAAACAAAUACUCUGUCUGUCAUGUGCUUUUCAUUUUAAGCAGUUUUUUUUUCUCCUAUUGCAAUCAGUGUUGAACUAUACAGUAUGUUUGUUAUACCAUGUGCCAUUCUGUCUGUACUUUUCAUGUACUUUUGGGCAGGGGCGCAACUUUGGUUUUAGAAGUGGGGGGGGACAUAAUUAUAUAUUUUUAUCCAGUCAGAUAAACACU